AUGGCCAAGAUGCUUGGAGUGGGGCGGAGAGGGCCAGCGUGCCCCUUGGCCGUCAUGGUGUUUGACUUCCCACGGGAAGGAAGUGAAUCUCAACUGCUUGUCAAGGAGUCAGUCCUGGCUGCCUUGAAGGAGGGAGAUGUGAAGCGGUUCCUGAGAAAAGCCCUCAUGGACCCCAAGGGCAGAAAAGCAUAUGAACUGAUGUGCUCUGUGUGCACAAUAAAUGUUGCUCCCUUUUUCAUUCUGUCUGAUGAGGAGUUCUGUGAAGUCUGGAAUCCGGCAUACCAUGCGCAAACCUGCCUGAACAGGGGUGUCUAUGAUGGGGUGAAGUGCCGCUGCCCGCCUUCCUUCUAUGGCCCUCGCUGUGAAUUUCUGGUUGAUGGCUCCCCCACCCCUGCUACUUCCAUAGCCCCAGAGGAAAGGCCUACCACUACCACUCCUCCAGUUCUCUGCCAAAAUGGUGGCCAUUUCAAUGGGUCCAACUGCGUAUGCCCCCCUGGUUAUUGGGGGCUUUUGUGUGAAUCAUUUGACACCAAAGACUGCCUAAACGGGGGGAUCUGGAGUGGAACAGACUGCCUGUGCACCCGCUACUUCUGGGGCCGCCAGUGUGAAUUUGUUAUGAAUGUCAUUGAGGUCAACGCAGACUAUUAG